AAGGGUGAGGAGGAGGGCCUCAGUCGCUCGGUUGGGAAGGAUCCAGGCGUCAUUGACUGCCUCGAGAGGCCGAGGGCUUGACGCAGUGGAUCCAGGUCUAGGCGGUGAGGAGAUGGUCCAGGUGAAGGAUGUUGGGAGAUGCUGGUGGCAUGACACUGACAGGCUGCGGUUUUGGACCUAGCGAAUCAGCCAUCGCCAUCUCCUUCGCGUGAGAUCCAUUGACCACCGCAGCCUUCCAAGAUCAGCUAAUAGCUAACCAGAAAACAUGACGGCUGGUUCAGUGUGUGCCCCUCAGAUCAUACCACUGCGAGUGCCCCAGCCUGGAAAAGCCAACCAUGAAAUUGACACCAAUACUCUUUUGGAAAUGAAAUCUGACACCCCAGAUGUCAACAUAUAUUACACCCUGGAUGGCAGCAAACCUGAUUUCUUAAAGAAAGCUGGUUCUGGUGAAAAUAAUACAUUUAAGUAUAUAAAACCUAUUACUUUGCCUGAUGGAAAAAUACAAGUUAAAGCUGUUGCUGUCUCUAAAGACUGCAGACAGAGUGGGAUUGUAACAAAGGUGUUCCAGGUAGACUAUGAACCACCAAAGAUGGUCUCCCCUGAAGAGAGUGUUGAAGAUGCCCUCAAAGGCUUUUCAAAGCAGGAAUUAAAAAAUGGGUUUGUUGGACCAAAAUUAAGGAAGAAGUACAAGAAUGCUGAAAAUAAAACAACUUGGAACGUUAACCUUAGACGGCUUGCAGACCUCAAGGUAGGCGAAAGAGCAGACCCUAAAACUCUGAAAGACCUUCGCUUCUCGGAGAGUCCACUGGAAAUCCCAGCCUACCAUGAAGGAUCGGGUUCUAGAAUAGCUCCUCACCAGUCCCAGUCCCCGGGGUUUGCACACAUAACUGGCCAGAGGAGUCUGACAAGCACAGAGAUCACGCGGAUCCAGAGGGACACUGACUUCCUCAAGUGUGCCCACUGUCUGGCUUCCCGUCCAUCUGAUCCCUUUGCUCGCUUCUGUCAAGAAUGUGGCGCUCCUGUCCCACCCAUAUUUGGCUAUCGUCUUCCACCCCCGGAAGGGGCUCAGAUGGGCCUGUGUGCAGAAUGUGGAAGUGUGGUACCCAUGAACACUCCCAUCUGUGUGGUGUGCGAGGCUCCUCUUGCCCCACAGCUGCGGCCCCAGGCCAGCCUCCACUUGAAGGAGAAGGUGAUCUGUCGCACCUGUGGCACUGGGAAUCCUGUUCAUCUGAGAUAUUGUGUCACCUGUGAGGGGACCCUGCCUGCAACACAAGAGCAGUGGCCUUGCAAUGGAAAUGAAGUCCCUCAUCCACCCUCUCGGAACGGGGAGACCAUUUCCUGCUCCAGAUGUGGCUGCCACAACCUCUGGGAGGCAUCCUUCUGUGACUGGUGUGGAGCCACGCUCGGCAUUUCUGGUAGCCACUCUGUCUGCCCAAAAUGUGGGGCCAGCAACCAUCUGUCUGCCCGAUUCUGCGGCACUUGUGGAAUCUAUGUGAAGUCCAUAACACGAUUCCGCAUGAACAGCUUGGCCCUAGUUGCUGGGGCACCUCGUCCAUUUGCUGAGCCCCGAUCUGCCUGGCAGUCUCUAAGUGUCCCUUUGCCCACUUCUGCUAUGGGGUCUAAGAAGGACAUGGGCACACAGACCUCUGGCCUCUUCUACCCAUCUGGCAAGCUCCUGGCAAAGAAGGAACUGGAGGCAGCUUGUCACAGGCAGAGGCAGGAGAAGAUGAGUGACCACAGGCCAGUCCUCACAGCUGUCAGCCCAGGAAGAGGCUACUGGAGAAAACAGUUGGAUCACAUUUCUGCUCACCUCAGGUCCUACGCUCAGAACAACCCUGAUUUCCGGGCCUUGAUUGCAGAACCCAGGAUGGGAAAGCUUAUCUCUGCUACCGUCCAUGAAGAUGGCUACGAAGUUAGCAUCAGGCUGAACUAUAUUCAAGUCUCAAACAAGAACCUGUACAUCAACAAGUCGAUGAAUCUCAGUGACCACUUUCUGAGCAGUGUCACCGAAGGUGGGAAUGGGCUGUAUGACAGCAGGUCCAGCUUGGUGAGUGCCUAUAGCCAGAGCACCUCAGACACCCCUGAUGGUGUCAAGAAGAUGAAGAAUCUCAAGCCCAAAAGUUUCCACAGGAACCCAGAGCUGCCCACACCCGAAAACAGACUCCUGCUGGAGGAAGUUGGCCCCACGGGGAAAGGAAGACUGUCUGUGCUGGAACAGCUGCUAGAUGAAGGAGCAGACCCUAACUGUUGUGAUAGUCAAGGUCGACCUGCUGUUACCGUGGCUGUUGUGAAUAAACACCAUGAAGCCAUUCCAGUUCUUGCUCAGAGAGGAGCAGACAUCGACCAGCAGUGGGGACCGUUCAGAAAUACAGCUCUUCAUGAAGCAACUCUACUUGGCCUGGAAGGAAGGGAGAGCAUCACCACUUUACUGGGAUGCAAUGCAAACACCCAAAAGAAGAACACAAGAGGCCAGACAGCAUAUGAUGUCGCUCUUGAGAUUGGGGAUGACCUCACCACUUCGCUUCUUGCCACUAAAUUCAGCCAAAGUCUGGAGGACCAACUUUCCCCAUCUGGGAACCCAAUCCUAGGUGACAAUUAGAUCUGAGGUAGUCACUAGGCUGCAAAGAGACUACCCAGCUAUAGCUGCUCUUACUUUUGGAAUGUGUAUUUAAGUGUAAGAAUUAGGAUUGAAAGAAACUCAUAAGGGGUGUGUGUGUGUGUGUAUGUGUGUGUGUGUAUGUGUGUGUGCGCGCGCACACGUGCGCAUACACACUACAUGCACUUGUGAGUGGUAGGAGGGAUUGAACCUAGGGUCUUGCAGAGGCUAGGCAAGUGUUGUAUACCAUCAUGCUAUACCCUAGCCUUCUUUAUUUUGAACUCCUAAAGUUGCUCAGUCUGUCCUUGAACUCACUCUGAAGCAAGGAAAGACCUUGAACAACUUGAGAUCUUCCUGCCUCAGCCUCCCAAGUAGCUGAGAGUACAGGCUGGAAUCAGUAGACCCAGCUCUUUUUUUUUUUUUUU